UAUAAUAAUCGGAUGCAUGUUAAAGAGACGAGAGGCAUCGUCAUGUCGACCACUGGUCCCAUAAACAAUUAUUAUGUGGAUUCUUUGAUAAACCAUGAGAGCGAGGAUGUGCUGACAUCGCGGUUCUCAGCCCCAGAGCUUCUCCCCACCGGUUCUCGACCGACGACACUAGCACCAGAGUGCUCCGAAUACCCCUCCUGCAGUUUUGCGCCGAAACCUCCUGUCUUUACCUCCUCCUGGGGCCCAGUUCACCCCCAGUCUUCAGUGGUAUACCACCCAUACACCCACCAACCUCACAUUGGAACGGACUCGAGGUAUGUUCGCUCAUGGCUAGAGCCCAUAUCUGGAACAAUAUCCUUCCCAGGCUAUCCUGCGAACGGCAGACACUACGGACUCAAAACAGAUGGUUUUCCUCAGCCCGGUGCCGGAGACUCCAUCGCCUUUAACCGCCACGGAUACCCGGAUUAUUUCUACAACACCUCGGUGGACAUCCGAGACAAGACACAGCAGGUCAUCCCUUCUCCAGAGACAGAGGUUUUGGCUUCUGGAAAGCACAAAGACGGCAAGCCAGAAUUCGACCCAAGCAACCCGGUGGCGAAUUGGAUACACGCUCGUUCAACAAGGAAGAAACGGUGUCCAUAUACAAAAUAUCAGACUCUCGAACUCGAAAAGGAGUUUUUGUUCAAUAUGUACCUUACCAGGGACCGUCGUUAUGAGGUCGCUCUGGUUCUUAAUUUGACCGAGAGACAGGUCAAAAUUUGGUUCCAGAAUCGGCGGAUGAAGAUGAAGAAAAUGAAUAAAGAGAAGACAGAAACCAAUGAGCAUACAAACGUUCGUAUCAGUCUCAACCUGGCUAUAUUUCUAAUUGGUGAUCAGUUAACAAAACUUGCCACACGGUAUAACUUCAUUAUUGUGACUCAGAAAAACAUGAGCUCCUAUUUUGUGAACCCUCUCUUUUCCAAGUACAAAGGCGGUGAAACGUUGGAACCAACUUACUAUGACUGCAGGUUCCCUCAAAGCGUCACCCGGAGCCACGCGCUGGUGUACGGUGCAGGAUCGGCGGCGCCAGGCUUUCAGCACCCGCCCCAUCACGUCCAAGACUUCUUCCACAGUGGGACGCCGGGGAUCUCCACACCAGGCUACCAGCAGAAUCCAUGCGCCUUGGCAUGCCAUGGAGAUGCCACAAAAUUUUAUGGAUACGAAGCCCUUCCGAGACAAACGCUUUAUGGCACCCAACAAGAGGCGAGCAUGGCGCAAUACCCAGACUGUAAAUCGUCAAAUGGCACUAACCUCGGAGAAGGACAAGGCCACCUAAAUCAAAACCCGUCUCCUAGUCUCAUGUUUCCAUGGAUGAGACCGCACGCCCCCGGAAGACGCAGUGGCCGACAGACCUACAGUCGAUACCAAACACUGGAGUUGGAGAAGGAAUUUCUCUUCAACCCUUACCUCACCCGUAAGCGUCGGAUCGAGGUGUCUCAUGCUUUAGGGCUGACGGAGCGGCAGGUUAAGAUUUGGUUCCAAAACCGACGGAUGAAAUGGAAAAAGGAGAACAACAAAGACAAAUUUCCGGGCCAAAGAGGAGAGAUGGAGGUGGAGGGAGAGGCAGAGGGCGAGGGUGAGUGCGAAGAUGAAGUCAACGAUGACGGUGAAGGGGAAGAAGGAGACAAAAAGGAAACGGGAGAAGAAGAGGACACAAAAGAGUGAUUUGAAUUGCUAUUUUUUAUGAUUACAUGGCUUAAAGUUGAAGAUGGUAGAGAGAGAGAGGCCCGGAAAAUUGAAUUGAAAGAGAGAGUGAGAGACAGAGAGAGAGAGAGAGAGAGAGAGAGAGAGAGAGAGAGAGAGAGAUCACAUUUUAUGUCCACCGUUUUAUUGGGUUAACAAGUAAGACAAAUCCUUUAAAGACACAUUUAAAACACAAAAACAAAUAGUCCACAAUACUGACGACGGAUCAGCUUCUAUAGAGAUAUUGCAAUUUAUGCCUGCACAUAGGCUAUUGUAGGCAGCAUAUUAUCCUUACCCAAUCAUAAUGCACUAACUCACAAAUUGGGCACAUCAUUGCGCACAUGUUGUCAUACAUCAUGGAACACAUAGAGGCAAAAAUUACAGACAUUAGCCUAGUCGCAAAGUAGAACUCAAUUGAUUCAACAUUACAUUGAUUUCAGUAUGAUUGAAAUAGCCUAUAUAGGCUAAUCUAGCCUAUUGAUAUUUUAAUGCAGUCAUCUCAGUUUUCUUUUUAAGCGAAAUGUUAUCCUUCACUUGUUUGUAACAAUUGUAAAUACUUUGGCAACUUUGUAUUUGUAGUCAACUUCAUUGAAGUUACAGUCAGACAGAUAGCCUAAACAUCUUGAUUUCAUGUUUAUCGGAGAUCUUCUGUGAAUAAAGUCACACGGAAGGGCAAAAAAGCGUUUAAGGAUGCACUUUGGCUGCUCUACGAGUUGUCUGGAUCACUUCUACAUGUACGAAGGUUGUUAAGAGCCACGAUACUAACGAAGGCUCUGGGAAACACCUCGGCUACUAAAGAUACAUCGUAUGAAGGUUCUAAUGAUGAUCUUAACGCUACGAAGGCUCUGGGAAACGAUGCCCAGCUCUGUUUUGCAGAAAAUAGCUAUCUUCAGGAGGAUAAUCACUGCUUAUAAUAUCUAGCUUAAAACGAUGCAAAUGCCCACAAAACACAGAAACUAAGCACUAGCAAAACACUCAUAUGGUCCACAGAAUGUACAAGCGGAGGAUGGCUAGAAAUGUUUCAAUGUUCAAUCAAUGUUGUCAUUCGAGGAAAAGGGUUGAUUAUUAAUACACAUUAUUUGUACUUUUUGUGUUUUGUUUUUCCUCCGAAGUAUUAUUUAUGUGGAUUUGUAUGUUUAUUGGGGUGAUGGGAGUUUUUUUUUAUUGGCCACUGUCAAUUCCACAUUUGGAGUCAUGAGUAGUCUCUAUAAGGUGGGAAAUUGCAAUAUGGAUUAUUGGUUAGGAGGUACAUUUCAUAACGGAUAUUGCAUAUUAUUGUCUCAAAUAUACUAGUGUGUGUAUUGUAAUGUAUUUUUUGGAUUGCAACUGCUCGGACAUAUUCAAUCUGAUAAGCCUAUCAAAAACUAAACAAAUAAGAAAUUCUCCAUAUAUUGAAUAUUUAUUGAUUCUUGACCUAAUUUAGAUAAAUCAAAGAUUCUAACCAUAUAGGAAGGCAGCAAUAACUUACGCUUAUGUGAUUAUUAGCCUACUGCUGAUUUGAAUAUCGGGAAAUAAGCCUUUACUGCCUAAAUAGGACGCACUUGGAGGUAAUGUUAAAAUCUACCAACAAAGCUGUAUUGUCAUUAACAAUGUUGAUCUAUACAUUUUUACGAAAGUGACAAGGCAGUCCAAGGACAGGCCUAUAGCUAUAACACAUUUAUUGCAUUUGAUUGCAUGAUACUUAUGGUGCUACUUGUGGCGGUACAGUUCUAGGCCUAUAUUGAUAUAUCUUUGAAACAAGUGUCUCUGCGUCACGUCAUACUAGCUAGUCAGCCAUUGGACUAUGUCACAAACAUUGGUGUCCCAACAACUUAAACUGCCUAAAGUAGCCUAAUGCACAUUUAUUUAACCAACAGCCUAUGUUAUAAUUGAACGAGGAAUUGUACUUCUUCGAAUAUUUCAUCAACUUUUAAACAUUAUUACAUUAUUGUGAUGAUCCAAUAGACUCGUUUUUGUAUUGCACUGAUGAUGACCUCUACGUAUGUCUUCGUAUAUCUUGUUGUAUUGAUAAGCUUGAUUUCUUAUGUUUUAAGUUAAAGGAGGGGAUGUUGGAUCUGAAUGCACACACCCUUGACAUUGACUUGUUGAAAUAAAUGGCAAAACCUGAA